AUGAAUAGUAAACAAGCACAGAAACAAAAUGCCAAACCAUUUGAAGGAUAUUUCUUUGUCAUGUGUACUCUUAGUAUAGUAUAUACUGCAUUCUCAUCAGUGGCACUUGCCAAUAAACAACAAGAAGUAGAUUCUAAUGCAUACAAUAUGAAAGAUUUACAUGGCGUAUUAUUUGAACUUAUAACAGAUAUUAUAUUUAAAGGAUGGCUGGAUAUUCAAGCAACUGUAUACUUUAUUAUCACAGGAUCAUUCACUUUUUUUUACAUAUACAUUGUUAUAAAGUGUAUACGACUACUUCGGCAUACGAUCAUAGAAUUAUUAAUUAUGCCUGAGAAGAAUCUCAUUUUAUUAUACAUAUACAUUACGUCCAUUAUAGCAAGUAUUAUUGUUAGUAUUAAAUGGAUGCUUAGGACUAAAAAGUAUUUUUAUAGCCAGAUGUGCAUGGUGUCUAAUAAUAAUAUAUCUUCUUCUACUACUUAUUACUCUAUAUAUUAUACAUUAGAAGGGUGCACACUUUUAAUUAUUAAUCAGUCCAUACUGAAUAUAUUCUUUUAUAUAUAUACGUAUAAUUAUACAUCACAAAGAGAUUUAAUUAAUAAUAUAAUUACUGCUAUUGCAUCUUGUGCUUGCUGGUGUUUCUUAUGGAUAGAUAAGCACAACACUCAGAAGAAAUGGUUUAUUUAUGGGUUUAUAUCUAUUAAUUUGUUUAGGUUUAUAUCUAUAUAUAUUACAUCUGGUGAGAGGAGGUAUCUACUAAACACAUAUUAUAGGUACAUAACUGUAUCUGAGAGAUUUAAUACUUUGAUAAAUUUGAGUCUUCCUGGGUCAUCUAAUAUACGGCAUAUUGGAUAUAAUGUGAUAGAUAAUCUUGAGAUAAUAUUUAUAGAUGUAUUGUUUAACUUUUACUUCGUGCGGUACUGUAUUCUGCUGUAUAAAUCACAGGGGAGAGAUUUAUGCACUACUAGAUUAAAAGCAAGAAUGCCCAUUCAAGAAGAAUCAGAUAAUUCAUCUGAGGAAGUGUGAAAAUUUCAAAGUGCUCUGUGCAUGUAUUGUACUUCUUACAGAUUUAAGGGGGCCUAUGCGUAAUGAAUACUGUGUAAAUAGAAUUAUUAGUAUAUAAACACACCGG